GCUGGAGGGGGUCCGGCAGAGGAGGCAGUCUUCUCGGCGGGGGCGAGCUGACGAGUGCUGGUCGGAGAGAGAGAGUCGGGCUGCGGGAGGACCUGCUUCAUGUCCCCGCACUUUAAACACAAAUGAACCCAGACGUGGAGGAACUCGUGAGAAGAAAGAUCUGGACGAGGUUCUCUUUGGACGACAAGCCUCCAGUCGGCAGAGGAUCUUUUGUAUUUCCUCACUGAGGACAUUUUGGAUUUUUUUUUUACUUCUCUACCAUUAAGUGCUCACCAGCGGGGAUUAUUUAACCACUGCCUUCGUUUAUGUUGUUUUCUUUUAAGAUUCAUUUAACGUUUUAAUGUAAGUUGAGCCACUUUUGUAGCGCUGUUCUUUGAAAAAUUAACCAUUUUGGUCAGCAUUUGUCGCUCUUUUGAGUGAGCUAGAUUAGCUAGCUGCUAGCCUAGCUAAAACCGUUCGCAGUAGCCUCUUCUCAGCGGACUAAUGUCCACCUGUCCGCGUAAAGUUUGACUGGAAUCGUCUCACCUGGACUGUGGACAUCACAGGUGGACAGAGUUACGUCAGGAAACAUCCAGAGAAGAAAGUUGUCGCCGCUGGCUCUUUACCAGCCGUCCAGGUGCUUGAGUCCUAAAUGACAAGUGCCUGAGGAUGUCGAAGCGGAGCUUCUUCGUUCGCCUGGUGCCGUGCCGCUGCUUGCGGGGCGAGGAGGAGGCGGUAACGUCACUCGACUACUCCCACUGCAGCCUGGAAACGGUUCCCAAGGAGAUCUUUAGCUUUGAGAAGACGCUGCAGGAGCUCUACCUCGAUGCCAACCAGAUUGAAGAGCUGCCUAAACAACUGUUCAACUGCCAGCUUCUUCAGCGACUGAGCAUGCCAGAUAAUGACUUGACCGUCUUGCCGGGGGGGAUCGCUAACCUCAUCAAUCUCAGGGAGCUUGACGUCAGCAAAAACAGUAUCCAGGAGUUUCCAGAGAAUAUCAAGAACUGCAAAGUGCUAACUAUUGUGGAGGCCAGUGUGAAUCCCAUCUCCAAGCUCCCUGAAGGCUUCACCCAACUCAUGAGCCUGACCCAGCUCUACUUGAACGAUGCCUUCCUGGAGUUUCUACCAGCCAGCUUUGGCAGGCUGACUAAGCUGCAGAUCCUGGAGCUGAGAGAGAACCAGCUGAAGAUGUUGCCAAAAAGCAUGCAGAAGCUCACACAGUUGGAGAGGUUGGACCUAGGCAGCAACGAGUUCACUGAAGUGCCUGAGGUGAUGGAGCAGCUGACUGGAAUCAAGGAGCUCUGGAUGGAUGGAAACAGACUGACCUUCUUACCAGGGAUGCUGGGCAUGCUUAAACAGCUUGUCUACCUGGACGUCUCCAAGAACAACUUAGAGAUGGUGGACGAGCAAAUCUGUGGCUGCGAGAGUCUGCAGGAUCUGUUGCUCUCCAACAACGCUCUGACGCAGCUGCCCGGCUCCAUCGGCUCGCUGAAGAAACUGACGGCUCUGAAGGUGGAUGAGAACCAGCUGAUGUACUUGCCUGACUCCAUUGGAGGGCUGACCUGUCUGGAUGAACUGGACUGCAGCUUCAACGAGAUCGAAGCCCUGCCAUCGUCCAUCGGCCAGUGCGUCAGCAUUCGCACCUUCGCUGCAGAUCACAACUUCCUCAGCCAGCUUCCCCCAGACAUGGGCAACUGGAAGAGCGCAACAGUGCUGUUCCUACAUUCCAACAAGCUGGAGUCGCUGCCGGAGGAGAUGGGCGACAUGCAGAAACUGAAGGUCAUCAAUCUGAGCAACAACAAGUUGAGGAACCUCCCCUACAGUUUCACUAAACUGAGCCAGAUGACAGCAAUGUGGCUGUCUGAAAACCAGUCCAAACCCCUGAUCCCACUGCAGAAAGAAGAGGAUCCAGAGACUCAGAAAACUGUGCUGACCAACUACAUGUUCCCGCAGCAGACCAGGACAGAGGACUACAUUCCCAACUCUGACUCUGAGAGCUUCAAUCCAACCCUGUGGGAGGAGCAACGCAAACACAAAGCUCAGGUGGCCUUUGAGUGCGACGAGGACAAAGACGAGAGGGAAACACCUCCCAGAGAGGGCAACCUGAAGCGCUACCCCACGCCGUAUCCAGACGAGCUGAAGAACAUGGUGAAGACGGCCCAGUCGGUGGCGCACAGGCUCAAGGAGGACGAGUCCAGCGAUGAGUCUGGAAAGGACCCCAAACCCGUUGAGAGGAACCACAUUGGUGUGCAGGACGUGGGAGUGAAGGUGAUAGAGGCGCCCUGUCCUAACGGCCUGGUGUCUGAAGCGGAGUCCAAAGCAUGCAACAUCACAUUCACAAUCCCCAACCCUCCAGAACCAGCAUCCAAGGACACGUCUGAGUCUUUCAGCUCCCAGCAUGUCCCACUCAAGUUGUCCGAGGGCUCCAUGAUGAACCACGAGGACACGCUGGAGGACUCUGAGGAGCUGUCUGAUGAAGAGGAGGAGAUGAAGAUUGCCGAGAUGAGGCCGCCUCUCAUUGAGAUCUCCAUCAACCAGCCCAAGGUGGUGACGCUAAGUAAGGACAAGAAAGAUGACGGCAAGGAUGCGGACUCCCUGCUCGACGACACGGUGGCCAACAGCAACCAGAACAACAGCAACUGCUCAUCGCCGUCACGCAUGUCGGACUCUGUGUCUCUGACCACCGACAGCAGUCAGGACAACUCCCUGUGCACCCCUGAGAGGGAGGCAAAGAUGCCCUUCCUGCCAAAAAGCAGGCAAGAAGAUGAGAACAUGAACCCGUCCAAAGACACCAGCAGCCUCCUUCAUAACGGCAAUGGCUCUGAAACGUCUCUCCAGGCGCUGCUGAGGGGCCAGCAGACUGCCACUGACCCGGCGGGCGACUAUGACCUGUCCGUGGAGGCCAGACUGGCCUUCAUCGAGAGGGGAUUGAACAACGGCAUGGAGGACGGCUACACCAAGUGGGACAAGAUCAACAUGAACGUGUCAAACCUGCCCACAGACAACAUGGUACAGCUAGAUCCUCACAAUGGUUCACUGGGACAGGAGGAAGUUGACGCCAAGCAGGGUUUUGAUAACAUGCACCAUUUCCAGAACGGAAACCAGCAGGUCAUGUCCUCAGCUGGCAUGACAGCCAGCGGUGAGAUGUCUCGCAGCAACGAGGAGCUGUCUCCUGAGAAGAGGCGCCACCCGCCUCAGGUGACCAAGUCUCAGAGUGUCAGCAACAUAGAAACGGGGGGCAUGAAGCUGUACUCGUUUGACAGCGAUGGCGACACCGCUGCAGAGGCGAGGAUGGUGAGCGGUGGCCCCGGGCCCAGUCAGAGCUCCAUGGCUCAGGGCCAGAGCAUCGUGAGGAGCAAGUCAGCCUCCCUGCUCAACGAUCAGCCUCUUCAAGUCUACCCGAGCUCUCACGCCUCCUCCUCAGACUUGCUGUCUUCCUCAAAGGUUGCCACCAGCACCAGCAGAUACCCAGCCCCCUCCAGCAUGGCCAUGGGCGCCCCCCCUCCCCAGUACAAUGUGCAGUACACAAGCAGCGCCAUGCCCAAAGAGGGGAUGUGGGCCCAGAGGACGCCUAUGCCUCCAGAAUACCAAGGCUACCUCCCCCCUGCUGCCCACUCACUCGCUAACACCAACUACUCCAACCGCAAUCAGGCCCCCCCCUACCCGCUGCAGCCCCAGCACAGGGGGGCCCCCAUGGGAUCCCAACCACAUGGAGACAUUUGGGCCAAGGAGAGGCUUCAGUCUACCAGCAGCCAGUCCAGCGGGGGCACUCUACAGCGGCAGAGCAGCACCGCCUCCGUGGGCGAGGGCAGACGCAUGCAGCUGCCUGAGGGCGACUACCUGACCUACAGGGACAUCCACACGCUCGCCAGGGGCCCGCUGGCCAUGAGCCAGGCAGCACAAAGGCCCAUCUCGGCCCGCACUUACAGCAUCGACAUCGCCGCUCCAGCCAGGCCUCCCAACUCCAGGCCGCCUCCCCACGAGCUUCCAGAGAGGACCAUGUCAGUCAGCGACUUCCACUACCAGCAAGGCAGCCCCAACAAGAGGCCCAAUGUUAGGGUGAAGUCGGAGCACUCCCUCCUGGACGGGCCCGGGCUGGUGUCUGGGGGGCCGGGAAGGGUGCCGAUGGACUGGAGGGACCAGGUGAUGCGGCACAUUGAGGCCAAGAAAAUGGAAAAGGAGGAUGUGUUUGGACCGCCAGGUCAGCAAAGCUACACCAUGGACUCCCGCAGAAAAGUGCCUCUGAUGAACGGACAGAUGAGCUCAUGCGCUCGUCCCCACAUCAGCCAGGCGUCCAUGGCCCGCCACCCCUCCAGAGAGCAGCUCAUUGAUUACUUGAUGCUCAAAGUUUCCCAGCAGGGACCCCCUCGGGCGCCGCACGAGGCGCCGCAGCACGAGAUCCAUGUGAAGGUGGAGAAAAAUCCAGAACUCGGUUUCAGUAUAUCCGGAGGAGUGGGAGGUCGUGGGAACCCCUUUCGUCCAGAUGACAAUGGGAUCUUUGUGACAAGGGUCCAACCUGAGGGUCCGGCUUCCAAGAUUCUUCAGCCUGGUGAUAAAAUCAUCCAAGCAAAUGGAUACAGCUUUGUGAAUAUCGACCAUGGGAACGCCGUGUCCCUCCUCAAGACGUUUGCCAACACUGUGGAUCUGACAAUCGUGAGGGACGUCCAAGCGUAGAUGAGACUGAAAACGGGAGAUGUUAUUUUUAUAGAUCCGUGGGCACCUGUCGGGACUAUUUGUGGUAGCUGAAACGGGAGAAUGCCACUUGAAUGUAAGCAGGUCGACGCGGCCAACAUCAGCCAACGGGCCGUCACUGUGCUUUCUAUUUUUAUACAAAAACAGCUGAAGAGUGAGCUCCCCCCUCAUGCAGAUACUCCCACGUUCCACCACUCAUCACCAUGACCACUAGGGGGCAGGGCUCUCCCCCCCUUCAUCUUUUGAUUUGAAACCUCUGCAAUUUACGGUGGACAGUGUCAUGCGCUUGUGGAGCGGAGACGGAAGUGGAUGAAGGCGAUGCUUGAGAACCUGCGAACACCUCGCGCCCUGUCCGGCCACGUUCCUGUCGUACCUCAGAAGAAUCCUCGGCCCCACCGUUGGAUUUCAGCUUCUCAGACCAGGAGAGUUCAAAGUAGACGGUCGGAGAGAUGCUCAGCCUUAAAUGCGCUGGAGACGUUUGUCUUUCCUUCUUCUACAUGACCAAAGCAAGUGUGCACAUUUGGGAUGGGGAGGAUUCCGGAAGGCUCCUUGAGUAAGAACAGGUCAACAUUUCAUGUUUUUGUUUUUAUUUAAGGCGGCCAUCAUGUGGAGUCACACUUUAACUUGGGAGACCACCACUCUUUGCCUUUUUUUUUUUUUUUAAAGUCCAUUUCUGUUCAUUUUAGUUUUUUCGGUGUGGGAGAAGCAAGUGCCAUACUGACCUUGAACUGUUUGACCUGGGGAUGACCUUUGAACCCAGCACCACCAAGCAAUAGUCAAAUUUGCAGCUUCCAGGCUUCGAAGCAAUAAAGCCUUGUUAGUCGCCCCCUCCAAAAAUCACAGAGACAACAUUAGAUUGUUUUUAAACCCUUUUAGAGACACCUGAUUUUACAUGAUUUUUUUUAUAUCAAAAAGUUUUGUAAUGAAAUGGCACAUGAUAUAUAUAUAUAUGUGUGUGUGUAUACAAUAGUGUGAGGAGUCUCUGUGUAAAUGUUUAUCACUUAGUUCAAAGUCCGAAUGAUUUUAUUCAUUCACCCAUCAGCCGCAUGAAUCGAGUCCUUGGUUCCAAUCCAGUCAGACAUUUGUGAGCACAUAGAAAAAGUUUAUGCAGUCAAAGUUGGACAAGUAAUAAAUAACAGAAACUGUUUAUAAACAAAGCCACUUGAUUCAAGAUUUUUCCUUUUUGGGCAAAUGGUGAUUUAAUGUGCAGUUUUCAAGGUGUUCCUUGUUUGUUGGUGAUUCUGAUUUGUAUUCAAUGACAGCUUGUCUUUGUAGACAAUCUUAAGAGUUUGUUUUCUUCUUCCAUGUUAAUCUGUUUCUGAUUAUCACGUCUUAUUUAUUUUGCAGGCUCCUGUCUCGUUUUUUUUUUUUUUCUUAGACAUUACUAAUCAAAAUGUAAAUACUCAAAUAGAAAAUUAAUGACGGGAUGAGCAAUUUUCAAUUGUACAACCAGCAAUAAGUUCCAAUGCAGAGAAAGGCAGCAGUUUUCAUGUAUCGCUCAAAUAUUUCUAAUGUUUUGGUCACAGUGACAUUGACAUGCUUACAUGCCACAUUCCAGAUUUUGUACAUAAUGAACUGUUUCUGCCGUAACAUGUGGAAAAUAAACUAAUGUUCUUUCACAAUGAA